AUGACCACCUACGCCACCUACCCGGCCACGGCCUACUACUCCGAGUACGUGGCCCAGCCGGCGUACCAGAUCGAGCCGCACCCGUACGGCGCCAACUACACCACAACGGCCCGGCUCCAGCCGGACCAGUACGAGCGCCCGUCGUCGCGCCGCACCGUCUCGCCCGCCUCGUCCAACGAGUACUCGGACUCGUCCUCGAGGCCCCCGCACCGCCGCCGCCGCCGCUCCAGCAUCUACCUGGACCCCGACAGCGGCCACAUCGUCGUCACGGGCGGCUCGCGCUCCCCCUCGCGCCGCGACCGCGACCACGACCGCGAGCGGGAACAGCGCAGCCGCGAGCGUGAGCAGCAGCGCGAGCGCGAGGCCCAGCGCCAGUACGACCUCGAGAAGGAGGACCGCCGCCGGCGCCGCGACAAGGAGCGGCGCGAGGCCGCCGCCGCGGUUCCCAUCCCCAGCAGCAGGUCCGAGAAGAGCAAGCCCAUCCCCUUCUCGCGCUCCUCCACCAUGCCCACGGGCCACACCAUCGCGCCCGCCUACGAGACCCGGGGCCGGCGCCCCAUCAUCAUGUCGGAGCAGUACGAGGACCGCGGCGAGGUGUCGGCGCGCAUCCCCAUCGGGCCCGUGCCCAUCGUCGAGCACGCCGGGUCGCGCGGCCGCCACCACGGCAGCCGGCGCUACUCCACCUCGCGGCCCGGCAGCGGCAGCAGCUACGAGCACCAUCGUCCCGCGACACCGCAGGGCUACGCGUCCAACGACGAAGAGCUGCACCGGCGCGCCAGCCAGCGCUCGCGGGCCAACGACGACGUGCGCACCAGCCGCGGCGGCCGCGAGUUUUCCUCGUCGGCCCCCGAGCGGGGACCCCAUGAGGGCAGCCUGCCGCGGUCCGCGUCGUCGGCGUACGACUCGUAUGGGUCGUCGUACGGGUCGUCCAACUCGGGCUUCACGCCGCCGCCGCUGCCGUCGGCGCUCCGCCACCGUCGCAUGUCGUCGACGGGCUCGCGGUCGUCGGCCGAGCCCCCCGUCAUCAAGAACCUGCGCUGGGCCGAUCAGGAGACCCGCAAGGGCGUGCAGGACCAGAACGAGCGCAUCAACCAGCGGCCCAAGUACGGGCGCUGGGACGGGAGACACCACCUACCCACCUACCUCCUGCCCUGCAGCAACCAAAAGAGCACAGUGAUUGCUCCGCGCUAG